AUGCCGGGAAUACACACUUUUUACGAUGGGUCCAAAGUUUUGGAGCCGCUCUCCGAAAGUCUCGGAAUCGAAGUGGAUAGAGUGAGUUUCAAAUAUCUUAAACAUAAAACGAAAUUCAAUUUCAGGUCAAUUUCGUGUUAAGUUUGUUUGCCAGUUUUGGAAUCUCGUACGUCUACAGAAAAACUUGCUCGCUCAAGCAAGUGAACCGACAAGUUCGUAUAGUCGUCCCCGCUGUUAUCGGUAUAGCGCUCGUAUUUUUCUGUUUUGGAAGGUUGGUUCUCACUGGUUUGACCCAUUUAUAACUUGUUAUCAUUUCAGAGCAAUCAAACAUCUUCUCGCAAACGCUCUCGGUAGUUAUGCCCUUAUGUACUUUGCCCCGCCGACUCAGGUCCACAAGUACAGUAUUUUUAUAACUUCUUUUGAGGAAUAUUCAUUUAUUUUAGACUGGUGCUCAUGUUCUCGAUGGGAUACCUCUUCUUCAUUCACUCUUAUCGAUGGGCCAUUCUGGAAUCUUACAGUCUAGAUAUCACCGGACCGAUUAUGGUUGCAGUUGAAAAGGUUUGGACGGAAGAGAGGAUUAUUGAGUUGAUAACUGUAAUCUUCAGGUCACCAUGAUGGCAUUCAAUUUAAAAGACGGAAAAUCUAAGGAUCAGUCAAAGUUGACAGACGAGCAGAGAAAAGAGGCUCUCAAGGAGAUCCCAUCGCUUCUCGAGUUCAUGUCUUUCAUGUUCAACUUCCAAGUGAGUUUUUCUGCUUUAACGUUUCUGUAUUCACACCUACUUUGCAGACUGUUCUGACCGGACCAGCUAAUAACUAUUACGAUUACUUGAAGUUCUUAGAAGAAGACCACGUCUUGGCUGAUAAGCACGGAAAGGUACAGAUUUUAGAUAACCCUCAAAACUCAUUGUCAGUUUUAUGUGCCAUCUCCAACUGGGACCGCCAUAAAGAAGUUCGGACAUGCCAUGUUCUUCCUUGUUGUCGUCGUCACCCUCGGGGCCAAAUACAAGGUUGAAGACGUCGGAACUCAAGAGUACUUUGCCCUUCCGUUUUACCAAUGGCUCUUCUGGUGGUUCUUCACCAUCAUGCUCAUCCGCUGCACCUAUUAUUUCGCCUGGGUUUUUGGUUAGUUUUGUUCUUAAGAUACAAACACAAUUAAAUCAAAAUUUCAGCUGACGCCAUCUGUAAUAUGUCUGGAUUUGGAUUCAGUGGAUACAGCAAAGAUGGAGAGGCAGAAUGGAAGCUGUGCACCAACGUACUCCCAUAUCAAGUGGAAAUGGCGCAAAGUCUGAAAGAAACCCUUGACGGAUGGAACAUCCAGACCGGAUUCUGGCUUCGAAAGGUCGGAUACGAGCGAGCCCCGAAGUCCAUUCGAACUGUUGCCACAUACUCGCUUUCUGCUGUCUGGCACGGAGUUUCUAUUGGAUAUUACAUGGCUUUCUUCACCUGCGGACUUUUCACCGUCGCUGCUCAAACGGUAUUUACGUCCAGUUUGAUGAAACUCUUCGACCUUUCUAUUUUUCAGUUCCGUCGUUCGAUGCGUUGGAGAUUCCUGGACAACGCCAACUCCAAGUUUGCCUACGAUGUCUUCUCGUUCAUCAUCUCAAAAAUUGCUCUUGCUUAUGCCACGUACUCCUUCGUCACCAUGCACUUGCACCCAGCAUACGAAGUACUCACCAGAGUUUACUUCAUCCCGCACAUUGUCGCCUUCGCAGUCAUCUUCGUUCUACCAAAGUUCUUCAGACCACUCAAAAAGCCUCAAGCCGCGCCCGUCGCUGACGAAAUCAUCAGUGACAAGCCGCUUAAGAAGGAAUAA